GUUGUGAUUCUAUAUUUAUUGUAAAAAGUUUUUACUUAUCUCAACCAACAGUCGGUACCUGCAUGGUCAGUACUCAAAAUCUCAGGUGUCAUCUAUAAAAUUGUAACACGAAUGUGAAAAGUUCGCCAUGCCAUUAAAAAUUAAAAAAAAAAUGUGAAAAGUCAUAUUCGCGUAUAGGAAUAAUGACACAAUGUAUGGAGAUCAUGAACUCCACGAUUCAUAUUACCACCACACUUGCCUCAUCAUCCCCGAGCAAGAUGUGCUGGAGGCGGACAUCUCGGGGACCGGGUUCGCGAGUCGCAUCGCUCGCUGGUGGACCGACCUGUUCCUGCUGUCGUACACGUCGGGCAGGUCUACCGGCUUCUACAACAGCACGCAUGCCAUGAGGAUCGAGAGAUUCAAGCACUUCCGGAAAUACAAGAGUCGCAUCCAUCCGAUGAGCAAAUUCAGAAACUUUUGGGAUUGUCUGAUACUGCACGUGUUCAUCAUCAAUAAGAUUCUGUUCAGAUUCACGUCGACAUUCAUUUACGACGACUUAUCAAUCGGCCUGUUUUACCUCGGAGCUUUCCUUGAACUGAUCAUCAUAGUAGAUCUGUACGUCACCCUCAAAACUGGAUACAUAAACCACGAGACUAAGCGAGUGGUGUUAGACGCAGAACGGUGCCUCGUCAACUUCUGUAAAACGAAACUGUUCAUACAUUACGUGUCAGCCAUUCCUCUGCAUUGGUUCUUAUUAUUGAAGUACGGAUCGAAUGUAUCUUGCGGAUUGUGUAAAGCUAAUAAAUUCGUAAGUGUCUUAAAGAUUAUCAGCAUCUUCAGCCUUUACAGAGUGUGUGAAACAUCUUCGUAUUGGAUUCAGAGAGGUCGCUUGACAAACAGGUCAUAUAUCUUCAAGUUCAUAAGGAUUGGAGCAAUCGGUAUAGUCACUCUAUGCCAGUUUUAUGACCUAAGUGACGUCGUUAUUUUAUGCGUGUUUAUGAACAAUGGCUUCGUCGAGAGAAACUCCAUGCUGGGCCUCAGAACAGCUUACAAGUAUAGUAAAAUGUUAGAUAAGCGGAUGCAUAACUUCGGGUUCGUAUUAUACGAUAUGAACAGGAUUUUUAAAGCUUUGAUUCUAUUUAGUCACGGAAUAAGAGAGAGAACUUAUUAUUUGGACAGACUCACUUCAUUGAUGGGAUACGUUCUUUCUAAUUUAUUUUACUUUUGGACUUUAAUGGAGUGUUUGUAUUGGGUACACCGCCUUAUGUAUCCGAAAGAUUCAAUAAUGAGAUUGAAGACUAGAGCCAUGACGAUGAUAUCGUGUCGCCAGUUGUCUGAUGACUUAAGUUACAAAGUACUGCAGUAUCUGGACUUCAAACCAACAAAGUUCAAAGUUGUGGAAAAAACCAACGAGUUAUGGAAGACACUUCCGGAAGAAUUGAAGAAAGAAGCCAAGUUAUGUUGUUACUUGAGGAUUAUAAUGCGAAUCCCUUUCUUCUGUGAUCUGUCGCUCCCUUUACUUGAACAGAUCACCAUGUUGCUGGAAGAGAAAAUAUUUUUACGUAAUGAUAUCGUCGCAGAGGCGCUGGAACAAGCCGAGGGCCUGAUGAUCAUAGACAACGGCGUCCUGGCGGUCUACUCCGAGACUCAGAAGGAGCAAGGACACCUUAUCGACGGUGAUCACUUCGGGGGACUGUCCUUGGUUACCGACAAAGAACUCUGCAUGUCCUUGGUUGUCGCUAUAACUGCUUCUAAAAUUCUACUGCUACAAAAGAACCAAUUUCGCAUGCUGAUGAGGGAACACCCGCAGCAGUUCUCCCAAAUCAAAGCAUUGUUAAAGAAGACAUACAGCAACAGGACGGAAAACCUUAUCACUUCACGACGCGCGUCCGAUCUCAGCGACCUGCCUGCCGAGAGAUACCCACACCCAUCGCUGCGGAAACUUUUGCAAAAUACUGACUCUUGAAGCUUCCAUCUUUAAUAUACGAACAUGUAUUGUAUUCACAUUGUCACCAAACAGCCCUAAGUGUUUACAUUUUUUGUAUCUAGGAUCGCGCCAGGCCGCAGACGACCGUGGCUGGAGUGUUGUGCAUAUGUUAUGGACCAUGUGAUUAAUUCGGGCAUUAUAAAUAAUGCCCGAGCAUUAUGAAUAAUGUCUAGCUUUAUGGGGCCAAGUGAUUAAUAACUAUCUUAACUUCAUUAUUUAUUACAUUGCACGGGCAUUAUUAUAUUGCUACAUGACAGUUGGGCAAUUUGAUAAUAAAGCUGUAUUUUACGCGGUGCGAGGGCGGGGAGGGAAGUACGCGUGGCGUGACACGCUUUGACCAAUCAGAGACAGCCAUU